AAACCAUUGACCUUUGCUGAUUGUGUUGGGGACGAACUUCCUUUGGGAUGGGAAACUGUCUACGACAAACAAAUUGGAGUUUAUUACAUGGACCACAUAAAUAAGCUGACCCAGAUCGAGGACCCCAGGGAGCAGUGGAGGCGCGAGCAGGAGCGGAUGCUGAAGGAGUACUUAGUUGUGGCCCGGGAGGCUCUCAAUGCCAAGAAGGAGAUCUACCAGAUCAAGCAGCAGCGCUUCGAGCUGGCUCAGGAGGAAUACCAGCAGCUGCACAAACUCUGUGAGGACGACAGCCGCUCUCACGCCAGCUCCUUCUCUGGAUAUUCAACAAACACAAAGUACGACCCACACCAAAUAAAAGCAGAAAUAGCAAGUCGCCGGGAUAGGCUUUCCAGAUUAAAGCGAGAGCUGGCCCAGAUGAAGCAAGAGCUGCAGUGCAAAGAAAAGGGGGUGGAGACCCUGCAAGAAAUCGAUCGUAAGAUGUCAAGUGCUCACACCACCUUCAAGCUGGACGAGGCACAGGCGAUCAUGAGCGAGCUGCGCUCCAUCAAGAAGGCCAUUUGUACGGGGGAGAAGGAGAGGCGGGGCCUGAUGCUGAGCCUGGCCAAGCUGAGCGAUAGCUUCAGGAACAGCUGCUCGCUCUCCGACCCGCUGCAGGAGCUCCCUCACAGUCCAGCCGCGUUGGGCAACUCGUUUCCACCGCAGUUCUGCGACGCUGGCUCCCAGACUGACAUCGUCGGGGAGUUUGCCUUUGAUGAUAAAACGAGACUUGUGGACCGAGUCAGGCUGAACUGGCAGUACGAGGAAGCCCGGAAGAGAGUCUCGAAUAUCCAGCAGCAGCUGGCCCAGCUUGAGAGCGAGUCCUGGCCGGGCCUGGCCGAGGCUGACAGGGACCGGCUGCAGCUGGUCAAGGAGAAGGAGGCCCUGCUGCGGGAGCUGCAGCUCAUCGUCCAGCAGAAGCGGCCGCUGGAGGACGUGGCCCGGCUGGAGGCGGAGCGGCGGCGGCUGGAGGAGGAGAUCCAGCGGGCCCAUGCCACCUCGGUGCAGGGCGCCACGGAGAGGAUUCUUCUUCAGGAAAAAAGAAGUUGUCUGCUUAUGCAGCUGGAGGAAGCUACUCGCCUGGCAUCCUAUCUCCAGUCCCAGCUAAGAAGCCUGUCUGCCAGCACCCUGACCAUGUCCUCGGGGAGCAGCCGUGGCUCCUUGGCCUCCAGCCGGGGCUCGCUGGCCUCCAGCCGGGGCUCCUUGAGCUCUGUCAGCUUCACCGACAUCUACGGCCUUCCACACUACGAGAUGCCUGACCCCGAGUGCAGCCCGCUUCUGCGCUUCGAUCUCCUUCCCUUUGAAGCCCUGGGACGAGACGCCUCCUUCCUGGAUGCCUCAGGCCCCUCGGGCUUCCCCAAGCACAGGCGCUCCCUGGACACGCCCCAGUCGCUGGCAUCCCUGUCCUCCCGCUCCUCCCUGUCCUCCCUGUCUCCCCCGAGUUCCCCCCUGGACACGCCCUACCUCCCGGCCUCCCGUGACUCGCCCUUCGCCCAGGCGGUGGACACUUUUGAGGUGCCAGGCUUGGGUGCCCUGGAAAGACUGCGAGCUCAGGCCUCAAUUUUGGGAGAUGAAGACUCGCCAGGCACGACGGCCCUGCAGCUGCAUGGACCCCCUGGGGACGGGGAUGGACCUCGAGAGCGGGGACCCCCAGCUGCUGCUGCCCCAGCGGGUGCAACUGUGACCCUUCGGGAAGACAGCGCCAGGAGCCUGGAGAGGAGGGCACGCCGUGCCUCUGCCUGCCUGUCGGAGCACUCGCUGGCCAGUGACAGCGGGGUGUUCGAGCCGCCACCCAAGAGGAGCGAAGACGCCGAGGAGUCUGCCCCAGCGGACGCCUUUGCGAGUGAAGGGCCCCAGAUCCGCGUGGGGUUUUUGCACGACAACGCCGGGGAAUGCCUGCUCGUGCACGUGCUGCAGCUGAAGCCCUCCACCCGGCUGCUGGUGAGGGAAGACUGCAAAAUACACAUCCGUGUCUAUUUGCCGCCACACGACUCCAGCACGCCAAACACGUACUGCUCGAAGGCUCUGGAAGUCCACGGUCCCCUGGUAUUUAAUGAUGUUUUCAGGAUCCCGGUGCAUUCAAGCAUGUCGACUUUGAAGUCACUUCAGCUCUACGUGUGCUCGGUGAAUCAGCAGCUGCAGGAAGAGCUUCUGGGCAUUGCUCAGAUCUGUGUGGCCAACCGUGACAUUGCGAAUGAAAUGCAGCUGCGGUGGUACUCGGUCCAGAUGUUCACCAGCUCCGAGCUGCCCAGGGAGAGGGACAGCCAGCGCGCGGUGGCAAGUGCGCCCCGGGACCCCGCGUGUCCUGCACCCGGCCCCUGUGGCGCUGGGAAGACGGACGCGGUGACGGCGCUGCUGGCUCGGACCACGGCCCAGCUGCAGGCGGUGGAGCGGGAGCUGGCCGAGGAGCGUGUGCGGCUGGAGCACACGGAGGAGGAGAUGCUGGAGCUGGAGCGCAAGGAGGAGCAGGCGGAGGCGGUGUCCGAGAGGAGCUGGCAGGCCGACUCGGCGGACAGCGGCUGUAGCAGCUGUGCCCAGACCAGCCCCCCACACCCCGAGCCCUGCGGCAAGGGCACUGACGCCGCCCCCGGACGUGGCCCGGCCGACCCUGACAGCCCCGAGAAACCGCAGCCUCCAUCCGUGAAGGUUGACAAGGAGACUGACACGGGAGACCUGUUCCCUGGAGAAGUAGCCGGGCUGCUGCAGGAGAGGCCCAGCCGCAGGGCCCGCGGCCCGCCCUUCGUGCGGGGCGGCAGCAUCGUCCGCUCGCAGACCUUCUCGCCCGGAGCGCGGAGCCAGUACGUGUGCCGGCUCUAUCGUAGCGACAGCGACAGUUCCACGCUGCCCCGGAAGUCUCCCUUUGUCCGGAAUACUCUGGAAAGACGAACCCUUCGCUACAAGCAGCCCUGCAGGUCUUCCCUGGCCGCACUCAUGGCCCGCACCUCCCUGGACCUGGAGCUGGAUCUCCAGGCGUCGAGGACGCGGCAGCGGCAGCUGAACGAGGAGCUCUGCGCCCUGCGUGAGCUGCGGCAGCGGCUGGAGGACGCCCAGCUGCGUGGCCAGACCGACUUCCCGCACUGGCUGCUGCGGGACGAGCGCUUCCGCACUCUGCUGAAGGAGGCCGAGAAGCAGACAAGACAGACCGAAGGCGACGUGCGCCGGGAGCAGGCAGCGGAGAAGACGCUGAAGAAGGCCUCCAAAGGCAUCUGCCGGCUGCGCGCGCAGAACCACAAGGAGCACGCGCACGUGCAGACCUUCAGGGAGAAGAUCGCAUUCUUCACGAGACCGAGGAUCAGCGUGCCGCCUCUGCCCGCCGACGACGUCUGACCCAGUGCUUUGUCAUGGAGUGCUUCUUUGCCCGCUUCGUUUUCAUGAAGUUCUUAGAUUAGUUAAAUUUGCCUUUAAAAUAUUUGUGCAAAACUAUUAAUAUACACGUUUUGUAAAAAUCAGAACAAACACAUAUAUCUAUACAUAUAUAUUUUAUAAUAGCGACGACAACAGGGCUCGGUUUUUCCCUGUUGUGAAAUUGGCAUCUCUGAAGACAGGUUAUUUUAUAAGAGAUCAACUAUCAUGUUAAGAGUGUACAGUUUUUACACUGUUUUAUUUGACUUAAAGGCUGGAAGACAGAAACGAAGUGAGUUCAGGCAAAUUCACUAUAUUGUAACUUAUUUAUAGUACUUUUUUUCCUUGAAGGAAAAUCCUGACGUUGAGAUGUAUUUUAAGACUGAAUCUUGUUCCUCAGUACUUGUCACGAAGUAGAAUGGAACCUUUGGCCGCUUCUGUUCCUGACACCGGCCCCGCAAACACGACGCGCACAGCUCCUCACUGUGUCUGGCGAGCGCGUGUGUGCCCGGGGCAGCGCUGCGUGUCCUGUGUAGACGGCAGCGGCCGCGCACAGGCCGGAGCCCAGGCCCGUGCGCUGCCCGCCCCUUGCUUCUCUGUUGUCUGAUCUGCCGCUUCCCCGAGCGCUCGAGUCUGCAGGCCGCAGGCCCCGCUGCCUGGGUGCCGCCUGCCUGCCUGCCUGCCUGCCCAGGGCGGCCCCACUGCCCACCUCGCCCGGCCCGCAGGCGGCGCCACCUUCCAGCCUGCGCCUUCCGGUGAGGGCGACUGCGAGGUGGCAGUCGUGCCCUGCCCGGCCGGCCCGUCGGCCCUCUGACCAUGGGCGGCGCAGCCUGGGUAGCCGGCCCCGCGGUGCUCUGGUGGAGGGAGGCGGCUGGGUCGCUAGACUCGCCCCGCCGGCCGCUUGCAGGAGAGGAUUUGGUCGCAGUCGGAUAGCCCCUCCUCGUGGAGUCUACCCCGCAUUUCUCACGAAAUCAUUGGACUAGUUCUCAAAUUUUUUUAUGUAAUAAAAAUAUAUCCUUAUUCUCUUAAAUGCCAACUGAUAACAAUAUUUUUGCCUGGUACCUAUUUAUUUCGUGCGGAAGGCACGCGCCUUCCGAGCGCCUACGCAGGCGGGCGCGGCGGCCGCAGGAAACGCGCAGGCAGCUGAACUCCCCCCGCCCCCCACCCGCGCCCUCUCGGCGCGCGCCGGGCCGCCCCGUUCAUCAGCGUCUGUCCUCGUUAGUCCGUGACCACCGCCCCUCGCAGACCUCCCGCCACGCUACUUGUGUUAAAAUGGAUUUUGUGAAGGCAUUUCACUGGCAUGUUCAGCGGCUCUUGGCGGUGAGACCCAAACUGCUUUCCGCAGUGGCCAUCCCUUGCGCUGGGUUCCCGCUUCUGCUCGCUGUCUUCGCUUGCGUUUUUCAUGGCAAAUUCUCUGUGCGCACCCACAGCAGAGGUCGAGCCCCAACCGCGGGUGCUGGCCAGCGCCGCCGGUGCCCACGCGACUCCUGCCCCCGGGGGCCGCCUCGCCCCGGCGGCCCUGUUCGACGGCGGUGUGGGGGAGCCCGGUGCGCCCGGGUUUCCUCUCGACACGCCGCGGCCCCUGCCCGCAGGGCUCGGACCCGAAAGCGCAGCCCAGCCCCACCAGACUCGGGCCGCCUCCGUCCAGCCCCGACUGCAAAGUGCCGGCCCGGAAAGAUGCUGCUGGCAGGAAGCGGAGCCCUGGCGCCACGUCGACAGCGUCCGCCCUCGUGUCGCAUGGCCGGCGGCCGGCCAGCGCCUCUGGCCCAAGCGCCCUGAGUUCACCACCGGCCCCGGACGGCAGCGAGUCCCGGAUGCGGUCUCGGCCUCAAGGAAUCACCAGUCACGGCGGCGCGAAGCACCUUCUGCUGUGGGAUGACUGAUAAUCAGCAUUCAUGUCUGUUUGUCUCUGUCCUCGAGUUGUGGCAUUUGUACUGUUUGUCAUUUCUUCUAUAAAAUUAAACUAACCUACCUGGAG